ACAAUUUUUUUAAUUACAAUUUAUAUGUUAUGCAGAAAAUUUCAGAAUUGCAGUUAUGGCUGAAGAGAUUUCAUAAAUUCUUCGAUUAUUGCCAACCAAUUGUCGCAAGCAUGCUGCUGGUGUAAGUGGGCUUUUAGUUUACGCAUAAAAUUUUCCACUUUUUCUAAAAAAUUUUUGAUGUGUGCAUAAAAUUUUAUAGUUAAGGAUAAAAGGAGUAAAGCGUAAUUGUUUUAAAACUAUAUUUGAAAUUUCAUGAUUAAAAACGGACAUAAACAUGACUUCAAUCCAAUUCGUUAUACAACCAUUGCCUAGCACCGAUGAACAAUUUAUUGACAGGCUUCGUGAAGUAUCAGAUAAGGUUAAUAAAUAUGGAUUUGGAACUCAUAGGAUAUUUGAACAACUCAAAAUUCCAGUAAAGGAAAUAGUAAUUGGGCCAAGUCAUUUAGGAGUUCUUUUAGAGGAUGGAAAAGCUUUCCGAGUUUUAUUUAAUAUAAAUUCGGAUCGUCUUGAUUUAAGUAAAUCAGAUAAUUUAAAAAGUACCGGAAAUACCAACACAAAUACAUCAAAUAAUACGAAAGCUGCUCCAGGUUCAUCUUCACGACAAUUAGCAAGAUCUCGUGCUCGAUUAUUGCGAACUACAGGUAGGUCGGGCACAGCAAACCAAAACUCUGGAUCUCGAAGUACAGGAGUUAUAAUAGGUGGAUCUUCUAAUCGCCCACUUGUUACAGUUCCAGCAACUUAUGUUCCAGAAGAAUUAAUAUCGCAAGCUGAAGUAGUACUUCAAGGUAAAAGUCGAAACCUCAUUAUCAGAGAACUUCAGCGGACAAAUUUAGAUGUUAAUCUAGCUGUAAAUAACCUGCUCUCCCGGGAUGAUGAAGAUGGUGAGGAUACUGAAGAAGGAGGAGAAAAUUACGUUCCAGAAGACUUAAUUUCACUGCUGGAUAAUGGUUUUCAUGGUGAUAAUAACAGUGUAAUAAUUGAUCCAUCCGAUGGUUUAUUCUCUGAAGAAAUUUUUAGUAACUACUCAAGCAUUCGAAAUUUGCUAUUUGAUCGUAUACGUAGCGAAAGAAACCAUGCUAAUACUGGAAAUGCAGAUAACAAUCAAAUUAGAACAUCUUCAACUAAUAGUACUGUUUCUACAGCAAAUAGCUUAACAGGUCAAAUUUCAUCUGGCAAUCCUGAUAGAGAAGCCUUUAGCCGAUGGAGAGAUCGUCAAUACUAUGGUCCUCGUCGCUGGUGUAAUAAAGAUGAAUUUGCUUGGGAAAAAGAUUUAGAUGCUAAAAAAAAAGAACCAUUAAUGACAUCACCGGUAUGGAUAUCAGAGGAGCUUCAACCAUGGCCUGACAAAGGGAAUACACUUCGAUUUAAAAAAAUAGCUGCUUUAUAUUCUGAAUUAAUUGCUAUUUCAGAGAAUGGAGAAUUGCAUCAAUGGAAAUGGACAGAAAUAGAACCAUUUAAAAUAGAGGUUGAAAAUGUUUAUCACCCAAAAACUUUACAUUUAAAUAUAACUGAAAAAAUUGAGUUAAUAUCGGCAAACUUUAUCCGAUGUUCAGUAGUUACUGAAAGCAAUCGCGUAGCUACUUGGAUGGAUGAACAACUUGGAUAUUUGGGUGCAAAGCUAGAACAUGCUUCAAUUGCAUUCACAGAAUUUAUUAUGGAUCCAAUAGUAUCAAUUAAUGUAUGUUCUUUAUAUACAGCUGUUCGAACAGAAAAUAAUAACAUUUAUUGGUGGGGAGUACUUCCAUUUGAUCAGCGACGACAUUUGUGGGAUAAAGUGCGGACAAAGGCUAAAAAACCAUUUAAAACAGUUGCAACUGAUAUAUUGAUUGGCUCACAAGUUAUAAUGAAAAAAUGUCCAAUAUAUCAAACUGGAUCAAUUGGAUUUACGUGUAGUAAUGGAGUACCUAAAGUUGGACAAUUACUGAACUCUGUGUGGGACUUCGCCGAUGUGUGUAGAUUUAAAAUAUUAAAUAUAAAUACAUCAUUUUCGUCUGAGAAAAGUUCAAGUAGUACCACCAAUAAUUCUAAUUUAGAAAAGGAAACUUCAAAAUCAACUUUGCUUGCCUCUAGCAUUCAAACAACUACCAACAGUAAAGGAAAUUCAUCAAAUACUAAUAAAGAAACGACAGACCGGAUAGACAUGCCACCACCACCCUCACCAGCAUCUAGUACAUGUAGUGAUACCGGCAGCGUAACAUCUCAUAAACGACCCAAGAGAAUGACAGCAAAAGAAGAUAAUGAAAAUAAAAAAGAUGAAGAGUUAUGGCAACUUAAAGACGUUGUAUUUGUUGAAGACAAAAUUGGACCAAUUGGAAAAGUUUUGAAAGUUGACGGUGAUUUUGUAGCUGUUCGGUUUCCCAUUACUUCUCAAUCAAGUUCUACUACUUCAGGCAAUGUGAGCGAAGGGAAAGAUGAUGAUUGGCAGCAGUGUCGCCUAUUAAGGAGAGAAGAUGUUCAAGUUUAUAAAGCUGCGAUAACAUCUCGUGGACCUGAUUGGCUACAAAAAUUACCUAAAAAGAUUAAUAUAAAUCACGGAAAUGAUCCGAUAAAUUUUCAGUUACUUGCUAUAGCUGUCGAUACGAGAGGAAUACAUGUUGUAAAAAAAAUGUCUUCAAAAUUAUAUUACAGUCUUUACAACCUUCACAGUAGUAAACAAGAACAAAAUUGUCAAUUUCCAACCGAUAGUACUUCAUUCCUCGGAUCGUCUUUAAAUAAUAUUAGUAUGAUUUGUAACAAUGAUGGUAGUGGAAAUGCAAGUACAAUAGUUCUACGAGACGGUAACUGCGCAAUUUAUCCACUUGCUAAAGAUUGCUUGGGGUCUAUAAAAGAUCCUCACUGGCUUGAUCUUUCCCCUGUUAAAAAUGUAUCCAUGUCGACAAUCGCAUUACCCACAAUAAGUAAUAAUUUAAAGUCUAAAGUAUGUAUGGCAGCUCUGCUUUUUGAAAAUCAGAAAAUUAUGCCUCAUAUUUUACGAUGCGAUAUUAAAAACUCAUUAGCUAUGCUAAAUAGAUUGGAAAAAGAUUGUUCUGAUUUUCAAAGUUUAAUAGACGAACGAUGUGAUGGAUCUAGAAAUAUAUUCCAUGCAUGUACAAUAAUGUGUUCACCUACUUCAAACAAAGAUCCAGAAGAAAAAAAAGUAAUAGGAACAACACGUAAUACAUCUGCAGGAAAUUCAACAAACAAUACAGUACCUGGAGGAAUAGAUAGCCCGAAUUCUUCAUCAGCUAUAGGAUUAUCUACAAACUUAUCUACAAGUCGUGAAGGGCGUACAAUAAGUCUCCGAGAAAUGAUGAAUCGUCUUGUCAAUAAUGAAUCUGAUCAUUCUAGUGCACAUAAUGCAUCUACAAAUAGUAACAUAGAAAGUUAUUUCUAUAUACCUCCAUGGUCAAUUGAUGCCAAUGUUAGCAACAACGCUGGUAUAAAUGAUGUGAUCAUGAGUAAUGCUGAAGAAGACAUUUCAAAAAUAAUAUCAACUCCAUCUACUAGCUUUAAUAUAGGCAAUAAAAUUUCUUCACCAAAUUAUACUUAUGAUCCUGUUCAAAGGCGAGAACACGCAAUUUUAAUUCUACAACACAUGUGUGCUAAUGCUUCCUUACGACCGUAUCUACAACAAAUGUUAAGUGCAAGAGAUGCUCAAGGGCAAACACCAUUUAUGUUGGCUGUAUAUUGCCGAGCCUAUGAAGCAGGAUUAAUUCUCUUGAAUACAAUUCUUAGUAUUGUUGAAAAAGAUCAGACAGCAAAAGAUGCUAUGAUAUUUCCAGCUGGUUCACCACCAGAUCAAUCACCUUUGCAUGUAAUCUGUUAUAAUGACACGUGUUCUUUUACAUGGACAGGAGCUGAUCAUAUUAAUCAAAAUAUAUUUGAGUGCAAAACUUGUGGUCUGACAGGUUCAUUAUGUUGUUGUACAGAGUGUGCACGUGUGUGUCAUAAAGGACAUGAUUGCAAAUUGAAACGCACAUCGCCGACAGCAUAUUGCGAUUGCUGGGAAAAAUGUAAAUGCAAAGCUUUAAUUGCUGGAAACCAAAAUAAACGUUUUGCGCUUCUAUGUAAACUUGUACAUUGUACGGAUUUAGUAACAAAAUUUAAUUCUAAAGGUGAAUCUAUAUUACUUUUCCUUAUUCAGACUGUUGGUAGACAGUCUUUAGAGCAAAGACAAUAUCGUGCAACUCGUGUACGCAGUGUGCCUAACAACAGUGGUAAUAGCGUACCUGCAGCACGAAAAGCUGCGUCCAUUGAUAUAGAUGCGGACAUGCCAGAACAUGACUUGGAACCACCAAAAUUUGCUCGAAAAGCUUUGGAAAGAUUACUUGUAGAUUGGUAUGCUGUACGUGCAAUGAUUAUGACAGGGGCAGAAGACUUAGAAACCACACCUGGGCCAACUUAUUCAGGUGAUGCAACGAAGAAGGAAAAUUAUAAAUAUGUUCAAAAACAACACGGGACAACGUUAUUAGACAAAUUUACGCACAAUUUAUUUGUAAAAAGUUCAAGUGAUCACCUCGAAGCACUUUUAAUGACUUUAGUGCAUGAAAUGCAGAAUGUUGCUAUUCCCGGAAGAAUAUCGGAAGCGGAAGAAGUGGCUCGUCGGUUUGUUCGGUCUGUGGGGCGUGUUUUUGUUAUAUUUAAUCUUGAAAAAUCUCCUAGUCCUGAACGGCGUAAAUCGUAUAUUAAUUCCAUUAAACAUAUACAAAGCUGCAUUAAAGUUUUUCAAACUUUACAUAAAAUAUCAAUUCAAGAACUUUGUGAAGUUUCGGAAGCAUUAAUAGCUCCUGUCCGACUUGGAGUUGUACGUCCAACUGGCAACUUUCAUACUUCUCAAACAAGCAUAGAUAAUUCUGAUGAAUUAUUUAGUGUAGAACCUCUAGCACCUACUUCAGCUAAUGAAGUGAUUGUAGAGCCUGUAACUGGUCACGAAUCUUCUAGAGACGAAGCUUCAGGAUUUAACAUACAAUCAAACUACAGUAUAGAUGGAAUUGAAGGGUUACGAGAGAUAUCUGAGAACGAAGAGAUACCCACGAGAGACAAUAACACACACAGUCAAGAUGAGGAUGUAUUAGAAACCACACGUAAUGAUGAAGGUGUUCAGGAUGAUGAAAGCGAUAACGAUUUUACCUUUAAUGAUGCUGAAACUGAGUCCGAUUCUGAUGAUAAUCAAAGCAAUCAAGACGCACAACGAAGUGUACAAACUGGGGCAACAGUUGGAUCAGAAACAGAUAUAGGUGUACUGUUUCUUGAAGAUGAAUCUGGCGAUUCUUCUCCUGAAGAUGCUUCAGAAGAGGGAGAAACAGAUGAACAUUCUGAUGAAUUUAAUUUCGCUGAUCAUCAAUUAGAGCGACGCAAUACUAAUUCAAGCGUUCGAAAUGAUUUAGCACCACAAUCAAUGCAGUGGGCUAUUCGGGGUCGUGAUGUGGUUCGGUCUUCUGUUCGAGUUCCAGCUGGAUCCAGUUUAGUGUUUAUCGAUCCACUGGCUUUAAGGCGAUCAACGAUGCCUGCUACCUCCACUGUAACAACGACACCUUCAGAACAAUUUACAAUGGCUUCGACAGCUAGUAAUUUAGCUAGAGCAUUUGGUAUUAUUAUUCGACAAAUUGCAGAACUUUUAAGUUAUUUAUCGUACCAUGUUAUAAAUGAAAUUGAGUUGUCUUUAAAAGUUAAAUACGAAGACAUAGUUGAAUUACAGGAUUCUAUUGAAUCUCGGCUUCAAGUCACUUGGGAUUGGAUGCUAUCUGUUUUAGAUAGUACAGAAGCUCAGCUAAAGUUCGGGUCAUAUUUAUCGGAAUAUGCUGAUCCAAGUCAUCCUUCGCAUCCACUUAAUCUAAGUACUCAAGGUAGUUCCAAUCAACCAACCACUACACCUGUUGGAGUAAACGUAUUAGGACCAUCAGCACGACGAGAUUUCUUCUCUUAUUGCCUUUCACUUAUGCGUUCACAUACUUCAGAGCAUCGGGACUCUCUUCCUGUGUUAGAUGUAACAGCACUAAGGCAUAUUGCUUAUGUUGUAGAUGCUUUUAUAUUUUAUAUGCGAAGUGAUGUACAUUUGUAUGAAAAAAAUGAUGCUGUGUCUAAUAAUACUAACAGUUAUACAUCGCUCACAUCCGAAAUUGAUGAUACAGAUGAUGAACUUCCUAAUAUAAAAAUGUACGAUCAAUUUGCGGAAUCAAAUGGAUCAUCUGCCAUACUUGUAACUGAAAAUAAUAUGCGACGUCCUUCAUUCUUUAUUAGAUCUGAUUCUACGUUAAGUCUCGGUUGUCUACCACCUGAAACUUUGGAUAAACCUGUAGAAGCGGCUUUACCUCUAGCUGAUAAACCUCAUCUACUACAACCUAAUUCAAAACGUACUGAUUUAUUUUAUAAUAUUCCUGUUAAAGAUACAAUCAGUAAAGAUACUCAAAAUGUAUCCGACGCCAUUGUUAAUAAACCAUCGCCGAGACUUGGAUUUUCCAAACAUAUUAAUCAUUCUAAACAAUUUGAAGUCAAAGAUAAAGAUAACUCUGAAAAAAGCACACCAAAUGUUUAUGUUCAACUGAAAAAGAAACAACUUUCUGAAGACACAAAACCACAUGCAGAAGAAAUUUCGAAUAGUAUUGAUAAAAUUUUACAAUUGGAUAUGAACAUGAGUGAAAAUGAACACAUUACAAAAUGCAACGAAGUAUUAAUGGUGGCUAGACCAGAUGUUAUAGUUUCCCCAAGCAAGUCUCAUCGGGAUAAAGAUAAAAAUAUUAGUGCUACUUCUACUUCUGCUACUCGCAGUGUAAUAGUUAGAGCUGGUACUUCAAAAAAAACUGAGGAAACCAUGGAUUGUACGAAAUGGUCUGAAGUUGAUGAUAUUAAAAGCGGUCGAACAAACACACCCAUGUUUUCAUUCCCUGCUAGAGGAUUACACUUCUGUAAAAAUUCUAUGUCUGAGUUUCCAUCAUGGAAUUUAUUACUUAAUCGAUGGAAAGAAGUUCUUGAUUUAUUUGGUAGAGUGUUUAUGGAUGAUGUGGGUAUGGAAAAUGGUUCUAUAUUACCAGAGUUACGUGGCUUCCCAGUCAAGGAGGUUCGUUUUCGUCGUCACAUGGAAAAAUUAAGAAAUGGUCAACAGAGGGAUUUAAUAUUAUGUAAACUGGAACGAAAUCGUGAUAAUUUAAUUCUUCAAACAUUUAAAGAAUUGAAUACUCAGUUUGGUAAUCAAAACCGCCGCAUAAAUCCGCCUCUUACUUUUAAUCGUGUUAAAGUAACUUUUAAAGAUGAACCUGGUGAAGGUUCAGGUGUGGCCCGCAGUUUUUAUACGUCUAUAUCAGAAGCUUUAUUAUCUAUUGAAAAAUUGCCUAAUUUAGAAUCAGUGCAAGUAGGAAACAGUAAUAAGUAUAAUGUUCCGUUCUCAAGUAUACUACGAAAGCAUGGACCAAAUCAUGGAUCAAAUCGUGAUCCACCUGCUGUGCAAAGGCGCAAUGCUACUGGAAGUAAAAUUUUGUGGCGAACUGCAAGGGAACGCAGAAUGUUAAAUUUUGAAGCUAGGCCAUACAUACCGUCAACUAGCAACAAUGAUAACUUAACUGAAAACUUAAAUGAUCAUUUAUCGGUUCAUUUACAACAACUUGGUGAUCGACUUUAUCCAAGGAUAUAUUCAAUAAAUCCUGGCAAUGCAUCUAAAAUCACUGGCAUGAUUUUGGAGAUGCCGACUCCUCAACUUCUCUCAAUAUUGUCUUCAGAAGAAACUUUGCGCCAAAAAGUUACGGAAGCUCUUGAUAUCAUUACUUAUAAACAGAAAGCGGAAAUAAACAAUUCAUCCACACAUUCAAAAAAAGUAGUACCAGUUGUUUUAUUAGAUCAGGGACCGUUGGAUGAUAAUGAACCAUUAUUCUAUUCACCUGGUAAAUGUGGGUUUUACACACCAAGGCAAGGACUUGCUUCAUUUGAACGCAUAAACGCGUUUAGAAAUAUUGGAAGAUUAAUCGGUCUGUGUCUUCAACAAAAUGAAUUAUUACCAUUAUUUUUACAGAGACAUGUCCUUAAAUAUAUUCUUGGUCGUAAAAUAAAAUUCCAUGAUUUAGCGUUUUUCGAUCCUGUCAUUUAUGAGUCUUUUAGACAAUUAUUAAAUAAUGCUCAUUCUAAUGAUGGUGAAGAAGUUAUUAACCGAAUGGAAAUAUUUUUUGUCAUUGAUCUAAUGAAGGAAGAAGGUGGUGAAAGUAUAGAAUUAGUCGCAGGUGGACGAGAAAUUCAAGUUACGUCUAACAACAUAUUUGAUUAUGUUCGAAGAUAUACGGAAUAUAGAUUGAUUAAAUCACAAGAAAAGGCUCUUGAGGCUCUUAAAGAAGGAGUGUAUGACGUUCUACCAGAUAAUUGUAUGGGUAGUCUUACAUCAGAAGACUUUCGAUUACUUCUCAAUGGAGUAGGUGAUAUAAACGUUUCUACCCUUAUAUCAUAUACCACAUUCAACGACGAAUCGAGUCAAGGAUCCGACAAGUUAAUCAAAUUUAAGCGGUGGUUUUGGGGCAUUGUAGAAAAAAUGAAUACAUUGGAGCGGCAAGAUCUAGUGUACUUCUGGACGGGAUCACCAGCUUUACCAGCAUCUGAAGAAGGAUUCCAACCACUUCCUUCUGUAACAAUUAGACCAGUAGAUGACUCUCAUUUGCCUACAGCAAACACAUGUAUAUCAAGGUUAUAUAUUCCUUUAUAUUCUAACAAAUCAAUUUUACGUAGCAAAUUGCUAUUGGCCAUUAAAUCGAAAAAUUUUGGAUUCGUUUAAACGUAAAAAUAUAUUUAAAUUACUUUUUUAAUGUUAUUAUGUAGAAACAUAUUUAGUACCAGAUUCAAAAUGAAAGUUUGACAUUCCUGAAAGGUAUAUUUGAAAUUGCAAUAAAACAAUAUUUUUAAAUUUAA